CCUUUUGGGCCCUCCGGCCUUCCUAUCGUCGACUCCGCGACACCCCUUUUGGGCCCUCCGGCCUUCCUAACGUCGACUCCGCGACACCCCUUUGGGCCCUCCGGCCUUCCUAGCGUCGACUCCGCGACACCCCUUCAGGGCCUCUCCGGCCUUCCUAACGUCGACUCCGCGACACCCCUUUUGGGCCCUCCGGCCUUCCUAGCGUCGACUCCGCGACACCCCUUUUGGGCCCUCCGGCCUUCCUAUCGUCGACUCCGCGACACCCCUUCUGGGCCCUCCGGCCUUCCUAUCGUCGACUCCGCGACACCCCUUUUGGGCCCUCCGGCCUUCCUAACGUCGACUCCGCGACACCCCUUUUGGGCCCUCCGGCCUUCCUAA